UUUCCCCGUGCAGAAAAACGGACAGAAAUUGACAAAUCUAGUAAAUCUAUAAUGAUAAUUGAUUAAGGUAUGUUCGUGCAGAAAAAAAAGUUAGUUGAACAUGUGCUGGCAAUGCGUGGUGGCGAAAGGAGUGAUGAAGAGGAGGAAGAGGAGGACCAGGGAGAUAUUUUGCAGCGUCGACGCGAAGAAUGCGAACGCAAAGCCCGCCGUGGGGAGAUGGAUCCCCGACUGGAGUUUACCUUCCAGUUGUUGAUCGACGCCACUCAGUUGCCCAGACAUCAGCUAAUGGAUUACAUUUUCGAAGGGGAUAUGCUCGAUGAAAUCAAUCAGCUGUUUUUGCCGAAUAUGAAAAACAAGCUGCUUUGGUUUUAUCAGGAAGUGGAUGAACCUGAGCAUACACCCAUUCCGGAUGCCAAUAAGCCGGGACCAUCACGAAGUGGCAUUGCAUCGAGCAGUUCUAAGACGCCGCAAGGUGGAGCUUCUCCCAGUGGUAUGCCUCCGGCAAAGCAGAAGAAGCUAUUCCUAACUGAUGGCUGGACCUGCGCCUUUACAGGCGUUUGUAUUUAUAUAUUUCGUGUAAAUACGUCCAAGCAGCUUCCCGAAGAGGGAUUCCAAAAGGAUUUGUACUGUGGCGUAAUCGAUGCCAAAAAUAUUGGCCUGGUCACUUCCAUUGAGCGAAUCGUUGAGUUUGUAUUUAUGCAAGCGCUGGCCUUUCCCAGUUUGGAAGGCGACGAGGAGGACGUUAGCUGCGGUCUUAUCAAAGGGCAGCUCCUUCCGGGAUUACGAUCAUUCUGCAGUGCGUUGCGCGUUUGCGAACAGGUGUGUGAUCAUCCCAACGUAUUUGCCGAUGGCUGUGAUAUGUUUGAGAAAAUCGAUCUGGUGGAUGAGGUUAAAGACAUGUCCAAGAACCAAGAGUUUUGCACACAGCUCGAGGAACGUGUCAAUAACUGGACAAAGGGGAUAUUGAAAAUCCUUGGCGAGAGCGAACAGCUCCGUAAGGAGAACGAUCACAGUGGCCCUCAGGACGAGCUUGAGUACUGGAAGAAACGUGGCGCACAAUUCUCACAGCUUCUUGCCCAUCUGCAAGAUAAAGAAGUUCAGUUUACGCUGCAUUGCCUCUUUUUGGCGGGCUCCCGCAUAAUAAGGCAAUGGAAGGAGACCGAUCGUAAAAUAACCUUUUGCUAUAAUGAAGCGCGGGAUAAUUCCAAAUUCAUACAAGCCAUGGAAACAUGCUGUCACUCGCUGUAUCUAGAUGACCCUGUAAGCAUGAAGGAGUCCAUUCUAAGUCUACUCCAAACGGUGCGACUUAUUUACAGUGUAUCACAGUUUUAUAAUACAUCAGAAAGAACAUCAGCUUUGAUGGUUAAGAUAACAAACCAAAUGAUUGAGACCUGCAAGUCAUACAUAACUUGUCGUUGCAAGGAGACAAUUUGGUCCCAGGAUCGCAGCUUAAUUCGAACAAAACUUAGCAACUGCAUUAAAUUGAAUCACAUCUACCACGAGACCUACUACACAGUGCGCGAGCAACCCUUUUUGCCUAAUCAGACGCCAUUUGGGUUCUCCGAAAACUUUGUCUUUGGAAAAUUUGAUACAUUCUGCGAGCGCCUUUCGAAAAUUAUCAACAUGUUUAACCUGAUUGAUGACUACAACCAUUUGUUCGAGCGCCGCUUGGAGGGCCUUCUGUUGGGGGAGGCCUUGGAAGAUGCGUCAAAUCUCUUCGAAGAGGCCAAAAAGGAGGUUAUUUCGAAAAAAUAUGAUUACCUAGACCAUCGAAACUUCAAUUUCAAUGACGAUUUUGAGAAGUUUAUACACAAAACAAACUCCCUAAAGGAUACCAUAGCCACACUGAUUGAAAAGGACUUUGACACGGUCUGGGAGACUCCACAGUGCAUACGGUUUUUGGUGCGUUUCGAAAAGGUUAGCGAGAAGAUUCCCCUGACCAAAAUGGAUGAGAAAUACACCCGGAUACUGCGUUACGUUGAGAAGGAAGUGGAUCGCAUACUGAAAACGUUUCGCAAACAACGAGAUGAUCCCCCACUCGCGAGAAAUUUUCCGCCAAUUGCUGGUCGCAUUCAUUGGUGUCGAGCCCUGAGUCUACAUCUUACAGAGCUCAUAGAUGCGGUGAUGGCUCAUGCCGUGCUGAGUACCCUGCCCAUGGCAAAGGACCUAGAUAUGCGCUUUCACAACGUCUUGGGUGUGCUCCAGGAAUACGAGGACGAAAUUGUCUCUAUAUGGCUGGAUCAAGAUGUCAGCGUUGCCGAUUCGUGCCUCAUGCAGCCCCUACUCAGCCUACAGGGGGAUAAAUUGUUUGUCAAUCUACACCCCACCAUACCUUUGCUGAUCAGAGAAGCCAAAAUGCUAGCCAAGUUGAAGAUUGAGCUGCCGAUUGUGGCCGCAACACUGAUGAGUCGCCAGCAGUAUUUCAUUACCAUACAGGACUCUUUAAAUUGUCUCAUCAAAAUGUUUCUGUCAACGGUUCGAGCUGUGAAGCUGGAGGUUCGUCCUUUGUUUCUGCCUCAGUUGGUGCGUUUGACGGCGAUGCUGAAGCCAGGACUUCAUACUAUAAAUUGGACCAAUCAAAACUGGACAGAAUUCUAUGAACGCUGCAAACAGGCCAUAGAGAAAUUUGAGGUUCUUGUGGCCCGCGUUCAUGACAUUUACUCGAAUCGCAUACUCAAUGUGCUAAUGUGGAUGCAGGACGUCUCGUUGCAAAUAUUACCAGCAGACGAUGAAAUCUGGACAGUUGAUGAGUUUCUGCAGCGCAGCGAGGAGGCAUGCCGGAAAGCGGCCAUCGAACUGAAUCGUAAGAGCCAAAUGGUCUCUGAGGCCGUGGAAGAGGUUCUAAGUUUAGUGGACAAAGCCACGGCCACAGUCCAGGCAAUUGCGGGCGAUGAUGUAACGCCUCUCUUCGAUGUCUCUCCAAAAGGAGAGGGCACUGGAUCGGGUGGACGAAAAGCUGAAGAAAGUGUAGGAGGAGCUGCUGCCCCGACCACCAGUGGAGGCGGUGGCGUCGGCAGUGGAGGAGGACAGCAGCAGGACUGGAGUAUUCUGUGGUCCUGCUUUGAGAAUCCUCUGUCACUCCUGUCGACCACAGAAAGCCUGCCAAAGGGCAUGCAGGAUAUGGUAUGCAAUGCGGUGGUCGAAAUGCGUCGCUAUUACAGCCGCAAGGUCAUUGACGUACUCAUUAAGGUCAUUCGAGCCGCACUGGAUACACUGAGACGUCGAUUCAUAGCCGAUGAGAAUGAGACGGUUUUCAAAAAGCCGAUCUUUGCGCUGCACGCGCAGCUGCAGAUACCCCAUGUGGUGAUCAAACCGAGUCUGGACGAGCUGCAGGACAUUUUGGUGACGGCUGGCAAGAGCAUCACGGGCAUUGCGAAGGGUGUGGCUCAGUGGAGCAGCGGCAAAGAUCCGCCGCAAGUUUCGAUGACGGUGACGCAGCCGCGCGUCGGACGCAACCAUAACGAGGCCACUGGCGGCGCCGUCGGAAAGAGUCGACGUCGCAAAAUCUAUUGUCUGGCCUCCGAGGAACGACCACAGAUGCCGCACAUGCUCAAAAGCUUCUACUCCGCCAUCAUGGAUAACAAGGAGGUGGCCAAGGCUGUCAAUCAGCUCUCCAGCUGCACGAAGAAUGUAAAGCCGGAGAUUCAAACGUACAUUAAGCGCUGGAAGCCAUUCCACUUCCUAUGGAAGAACGAUCGCACGACUCGUCAGCUUAUGGAGUUUGGCCUGCAGGAGUUUGAGACCACCCUGCGCUGCCUAUCCGAUCUGGAUGCCAAUCUACUGAUUGAGCCAAACAUGGAGAUCUUCGGGCAAUGCGUGGCAGUGUAUAAUGAAAGACUUAAGUAUGGUUUGGCCAUUGAAAUCAAAUCUUGCAACCACAAAAUUGGACAGGCUAUGAAGAAAAAGUACAAGAAGGAAAUGGACUAUGUUUAUGCUGUAAUCAAUGAAAUGGAUCGUAAGCUGGACAGGCCUAUACGUGACUUGGAUGAUGUGCGCAUGAUAAUGGAGACCUUAGGUAAGAUUCGUGAGCAGGAGGUGGACAUGGAGUUGCGAAUAGAUCCAAUAGAGGAAGCAUUCAAUGUCCUGACGCGCUAUGAGGUACAAGUGGAGCGUGAGCAGUUCGAUCUGGUGGACAAUUUGCGGACCACAUUCCAGAAUUUGUUGGCUGGGGCACUGCAGGCACAAGUAAAGCUGCUGGACAUGCAACCUGCCUUCCAGGAUGACCUGCGCACCAAUCUGGACAAUUUUAAGCAGGACAAGAUCUCGUACGUGACGGAGUAUCGGACGGCAGGGCCUAUGCAGGCGGGACUGACCCCGAGAGAGGCCUCCGACCGGCUCAUAUUAUUCCAGAACCGCUUCGAAGGCAUGUGGCGACGCCUGCAGACCUACCAGAGUGGCGAGGAACUCUUCGGUCUGCCACAAACAGACUAUCCCGAGCUGGGGCAAAUACGCAAGGAACUGAACCUGCUGCAGAAACUCUACAAACUCUAUAACGAUGUGAUUGACAGAGUGAGCAGCUACUAUGACAUACCCUGGAAUGAGGUGGAUAUUGAGGAGAUAAACAACGAGUUGAUGGAGUUCCAAAAUCGCUGUCGCAAGCUGCCCAAGGGACUGAAGGAGUGGCCGGCUUUCCAUGCUCUGAAGAAGACAAUCGACGACUUUAACGAUAUGUGCCCCCUAUUGGAGUUGAUGGCGAAUAAAGCCAUGAAGCCACGCCACUGGCAACGGAUCAUGGACGUUACUCGCUACAUCUUCGAGUUCGACUCGGAGGGUUUCUCGCUUAAGAACAUAUUGGAGGCGCCGCUGCUCAAAAACAAGGAGGACAUAGAGGACAUUUGCAUCAGUGCCAUGAAGGAGAAGGACAUCGAAGCCAAGCUGAAGCAGGUAACCAAUGAGUGGUCCGUGCACGAGCUCCAAUUCAUGAGCUUCAACAAUCGCGGCGAACUCUUGCUGCGCGGCGACACUACGGCCGAAACAAUUGGCCAAUUGGAGGACAGUCUGAUGGUGCUGGGAUCCCUCCUAUCCAACCGAUACAACGCUCCGUUUCGGAAGCAAAUUCAACAGUGGGUCUAUGACCUUUCGAACUCCAAUGAGAUACUGGAGCGGUGGCUCUUGGUGCAGAACAUGUGGGUAUAUCUGGAGGCAGUGUUUGUUGGGGGCGAUAUCGCGAAGCAACUGCCGAAGGAGGCGAAGAGGUUUUCAAAAAUAGACAAAUCCUGGCAAAAAAUCAUGCAGCGAGCCCACGAGACACCCGGUGUUGUAGCUUGCUGCGUCGGUGAUGAUUUGCUUAAACAGUUGUUGCCUCAUUUACAGGAGCAACUGGAAAUUUGUCAGAAAUCCUUGAGUGGUUAUCUGGAGCGCAAGCGCAUGAUGUUUCCACGUUUCUUCUUUGUGUCAGAUCCUGCACUGCUUGAGAUUUUGGGUCAAGCUUCCGAUUCGCAUACCAUACAAAACCACCUCCUGAAUAUUUUCGACAAUACAAAGUGCGUAAAGUUUCACGACGUCGAGUACAACAAAAUGAUGGCCAUUAUAAGCAGCGAGGGCGAGAUGAUCCAGUUGGAUCGCGCCAUCCGUGCGGAGGGCUCUGUCGAGACAUGGCUAACUCAAUUGCUGGUCACAGCACAGCAGUCACUGCACUCGAUCAUUCGCACAGCCUAUGCGACCAUUAACGAUCCAAACUUCACCCUUCUCAGCUUCCUUGAGAAGGCGCCGGCCCAGAUUGGCUUGCUCGGAAUUCAAAUGGUUUGGACACGAGACGCAGAAAUGGCUCUGAUGCAGGCCAGACAUGAGAGGAAGGUCAUGUCGGAAACAAACAACAAGUUCCUGGAAAUACUCAACACACUCAUCGAUCAAACCACUCGAAAUCUGUCAAAACGCGAGCGGACAAACUUCGAGACCCUGAUCACCAUUCAUGUGCAUCAGCGUGAUAUCUUCGAUAUUUUGUGCCGCAUGAACAUAAAAUCAGCAAACGACUUUGAAUGGCUGAAGCAAUGUCGCUUCUAUUUCAAAGAGGAUUUGGACAAGACCUGGAUAUCUGUUACCGAUGUCACAUUUACCUACCAGAACGAAUAUCUUGGCUGCACAGAUCGGCUGGUUAUUACACCAUUAACAGAUCGGUGCUAUAUAACUUUGGCCCAGGCUCUUACCUUGUCCAUGGGGGGUGCGCCAUGUGGGCCAGCUGGCACUGGGAAAACGGAAACUGUCAAGGAUAUGGGUAAAACAUUGGCCAAAUAUGUUGUAGUUUUUAAUUGCUCCGAUCAAAUGGAUUACAGAGGGCUGGGACGCAUAUAUAAGGGUCUGGCCCAGUCUGGAAGCUGGGGCUGCUUCGAUGAAUUCAACCGCAUCGAAUUGCCGGUCCUUUCUGUGGCCGCUCAACAAGUGGCUGUCGUGCUGACAGCCAAAAAGGAGAAAAAGAAAACUUUCCUUUUUACAGAUGGUGAUACGAUUGAAAUGAAUCCAGAAUUUGGAAUAUUCAUUACUAUGAAUCCCGGGUAUGCGGGUCGCAAGGAGUUACCGGAGAAUCUGAAAAUACAAUUUCGUACCGUUGCGAUGAUGGUGCCGGACAGACAGAUAAUCAUCCGGGUGAAGCUAGCCAGCUGCGGCUUCCUGGAGAACAUAACGCUGGCCAGGAAAUUCUACACGCUAUACAAACUUUGCGAGGAGCAACUUACGAAACAGGUACACUACGACUUCGGUCUAAGGAAUAUUCUCUCUGUGCUGCGUACUCUCGGCGCAGCCAAGCGAAGGAACUCAAAGGAUACUGAGAGUACGAUUGUAAUGCGUGUCCUUCGCGAUAUGAAUCUGUCCAAGCUGAUUGAUGAUGAUGAGCCACUGUUCAUGUCGUUGGUGUCUGACUUGUUUCCCAAUCAGACUCUCGAAAAGACCAACUAUCCAGAGUUAGAGGCGGCCAUUCUUCAGCAAACAGACGACGCCAGUCUGAUCUAUCAUCCGCCUUGGGUCCUGAAGCUUAUACAGCUGUACGAGACCCAGAACGUACGCCAUGGCAUCAUGACUCUGGGACCCAGUGGAGCGGGCAAAACUACCUGCAUCCAUACCCUAAUGAAGGCCAUGACCCAAAUGGGGGAGAAUCAUCGCGAGAUGCGCAUGAAUCCCAAGGCUAUUACGGCAGCCCAAAUGUUUGGACGCCUCGAUGUGGCCACCAACGACUGGACUGAUGGCAUCUUCUCGGCUCUGUGGCGCAAGACGCUCAAGCUGAAGGCAGGCGAACAUGUCUGGCUGGUGCUCGAUGGGCCUGUGGAUAGUAUUUGGAUAGAGAACUUAAACUCCGUACUCGAUGAUAACAAAACCUUGACUUUGGCCAAUGGCGAUCGUCUCACUAUGGCUCCAACAGUUAAGAUUAUUUUUGAGCCGCACAACAUUGACAAUGCCUCACCGGCUACUGUUUCUCGUAAUGGAAUGGUUUACAUGAGCUCUUCUGGCCUGGAUGCCCGACCAAUUGUUCAGGCGUGGCUUAAGAAUCGCGCUCCUGGCGAAAAGUGUACGUUUUCCGAUCUAUUCGAUGAGACAUUUGUCGAGGUAUACAACUGGGGGGCACAAAUCGUGAAGCUUCAGAUGCCAGUCUUACAGUGCAACAUAGUGAAGCAGAUGCUUUUCAUCCUGGAGGGCUUGAUACCUGUCAAGAAGGAGGACGAACAGGCUGUGAGCCUAUCCAGCAAGGAAAGCCAUGAUGCAAAUAAACGUUUAGAGCAUCAAAAACAUAUCGAAGAGGCGCGGCGGCAAUCGAUUGGCAGUCAGAUUGUCGAAGAUCUGCCGAUUGAGAGUGCUGUAGAGGAGAAAGAAGACACCUGUACGCCGGAACACUUGCACCGCUUGUAUAUAUUCGCUCUGGCCUGGGGCCUCGGGGGCUACCUCUCAACUAGCGAUCGCAUUCGAAUGAAUAUCUUUGUGAAAGAAUCCUUUCCGCACCUCGACUACCCAAAGGGUAGUGCUAACGAAAACACUAUAUUCGACCAUUUCGUUUCUCCAACGGGCGUGUGGCAGUCGUGGAAGACGCUCGUCACUCCCUACAUGUAUCCGGAGCUUUCCACACCAGAAUACCUAAGUAUUUUGGUGCCCAUUGUGGAUAAUGUGCGUAUCGACUAUCUAAUCGGAACCAUUGCCAAUCAGGAGCGCGCCGUGAUGGUCAUCGGCGAACAGGGUACUGGGAAGACAGUGAUCAUGAAGAACUUUAUGAAGAAGAUGAAUAUUGAGACGUACAUGGGCCGAUCCUUUAACUUCUCGUCGGCUACCAGCCCCUACCAGUUUCAGCGCACAAUCGAGAGCUAUGUCGAGAAACGAGUGGGCGUCACCUUUGGCCCACCUGGUGGACGUAAGCUGAUUGUCUUCAUAGACGACAUCAAUCUGCCCGAGAUCAAUGAGUGGGGCGAUCAGGUGACCAAUGAAAUUGUGCGCCAGUCCAUGGACAUGAAUGGCUUCUACAGUCUGGAAAAGCCCGGCGACUUUACUACCAUUGUGGAUGUACAGUACGUGGCAGCCAUGGGGCUGCCCGGUGGCGGUCGUAACGACAUACCGUCGCGUCUUAAGCGUCAGUUUUGCGUCUUCAACUGCAACAUACCAGACAACGACUCCAUUGAUAAGAUCUUCCGCGUUAUCGGUGAGGGCCACUACAAUGCCAAGCGCGGCUUUGUGCCCGAGAUUCGGAAUCUGGUCAAGAAACUGAUCGUAAUCACGCGGCACCUGUGGCAGCGCACACGCGAGAAACUACUGCCCACGCCAGCGAAGUUCCACUACGUAUUCAGUCUGCGCGACCUGUCGCGCAUCUGGCAGGGCAUGGUUGGCACCUUAUCCACAGUGAUCACCUCCGAGACCGUGCUUAUGGCAUUGUGGAAGCAUGAGUGCACACGAGUAUUUGCCGACCGAUUCACCACAUUCCAGGAUAGGGAGUGGUUCGGCUCAGAGCUGGCAUGUCUCGUGCGAGAGGAGCUGGGCGAUUCCCAUUCACAAAUGAUUGUGCCCAAUCCGGUAUUCGUAGAUUUCAUGCGCGACGCCCCCGAGCCGACUGGCGAAGAGGGUGAGGACACCGACAUGGAGCUGCCGAAAGUGUACGAGCCGGUACACUCUCAUGAAGUGCUACGCGAGCGUCUCGUUAUGUUCCUCGCCCAAUUCAAUGAAAUGGUGCGAGGGUCUGGAAUGGAUUUGGUGUUCUUCCCGGAUGCAAUGCUGCAUCUGGUGAAGAUCUCCCGCAUCAUUCGGCAUCCGAGAGGAUCGGUCAUGCUUGUCGGGGUCGGCGGUUCUGGAAAACAGUCGCUUACGAAAUUGGCAUCGUUUAUAGCUGGCUACAAGACAUUCCAAAUUGCGUUGACGCGUUCGUACAAUGUGGCCAAUUUUCUAGAGGAUCUAAAGCUGCUCUACCGCACCUGCGGCGUGCAGGGGAAGGGCACAACCUUUCUCUUCACUGACAUGGAUAUCAAAGAGGAAGGUUUCCUCGAGUAUCUCAAUAACAUACUCUCGAGCGGUGUCAUAUCUAAUCUAUUCUCGCGCGAUGAGCAGGCUGAAAUCGUGCAAGAGCUGACGCCGGUCAUGAAACGUGAAAAUCAACGCAAAACAGCGACCCCGGAAAGUGUGAUGGACUUUUUUCUGGCGCGCACGUGCACCAAUCUUCACGUGACCUUCUGCUUCUCACCCGUGGGCGAGACGUUCAGGUCGCGGGUGCAGCGCUUUCCCGCCUUGGUCUCCGGCUGCACCAUUGACUGGCUGCAUCCGUGGCCCAAGGAUGCCCUGGUUUCGGUUGCCAGACACUUUCUGAGCCACUUCGAAAUUGAGUGUACAUCGGCCGUCAAGGAGGAGCUGGUUAAUGCGCUCGGCUCCAUACAGGAUAUUGUCGCCGAAACGUCACAGGAGUACUUCCAGCGUUUCCGUCGCGCCACGCACGUGACACCCAAAUCAUAUCUGAACUUUAUUGCCGGCUACAAGAAUAUCUAUCAGAUGAAGCAGCAAGAGCUGCGCGAUGGUGUGGAGAAGAUGGAUACGGGCUUGGAGAAACUGAAAGAGGCCUCCGCAUCUGUUGAGAUCCUCAAGAAGGACCUCGUGGUCAUGGAGGAGGAGCUGGUCGAGGCCUCCAAGAACGCUGAAUCGGUGCUAGUGGAGGUGACGGAACGUGCGAUGCAAGCGGAGAUUGUCAAGAAUCAGGUCCUCAUCGUCAAGGACAAGGCCGAGGCCCUCGUUGCCUGCAUUGCCCACGAGAAAGCGCUGGCCGAGGAGAAACUAGAGGCGGCCAAGCCGGCCCUCGAGGAGGCAGAGAAUGCCCUCAACACGAUUAAACCGGCGCACAUAGCCACCGUGCGUAAGCUGGGACGUCCUCCGCAUCUUAUUAUGCGGAUAAUGGACUGCGUUUUAAUCCUAUUCAAGCGUAAGCUGCACCCCUGUAUACCUGACUCGGGUACACCGUGCCCCAAGCCCUCAUGGCAAGAAUCCCUAAAGAUGAUGGCCAGUGCCACAUUUUUGCUGCAACUGCAAAACUACCCAAAGGACACUAUAAACGAUGAGAUGAUCGAUCUGCUGCAGCCUUACUUUCGCAUGGAGGACUACAACAUGGAUAUGGCACGACGUGUGUGCGGUGAUGUGGCCGGCCUGCUCUCUUGGACCAAAGCCAUGUCCUUCUUCCACAGCGUGAACAAAGAGGUACUGCCCCUGAAAGCAAAUCUAACCAUGCAAGAGGCGCGUCUAAAGCUUGCAAUGGAUGAUUUGGCUGGCGCCGAAGAACAACUGCGAGAGCGUGAGGAGGCCCUGCAGGCGGUAAAGGAUCAGUACGACAAGGCCGUUGGUGAGAAGCAACGACUGACAGAUGCUGCAAAUGUCUGCCUGCGCAAAAUGACCGCAGCAACGGCCCUGAUAAACGGAUUGUCCGACGAAAAGCAUCGCUGGACCAACCAGAGCAAGGAGUUCAAGAUACAGCUUGGUAAACUGGUGGGCGAUGUGCUCCUAGCCACCGGGUUUCUCUCCUACUGCGGGCCAUACAACCAGGAAUUUCGAGCAAACCUGAUCAAGACAUGGAUGAGCAUAUUGAAGCAGAAGAAUAUUCCCUUCACCAUUGGAUUGAACAUCAUAAACAUGCUGGUCGAUUCCUCCACAGUGUCGGAGUGGACACUCCAGGGACUGCCGAACGACGAGUUGUCCGUGCAGAAUGCACUGAUAGCCACAAAGUCCAGCAGCUAUCCGUUGCUGGUUGAUCCGCAGACGCAGGGGAAGAUUUGGAUCAAGUGCAAGGAGGAUCGAAAUGAGUUGCAGAUCACAUCCCUGAAUCACAAAUACUUUCGGACACAUCUUGAAGACUCCCUCUCAUUGGGCAGGCCACUGCUGAUCGAGGAUGUGGGUAUAGACUUGGACCCGGUUAUAGAUAACGUGCUGGAAAAAAACUUCAUCAAGUCGGGCAGCAUUGAGAAGGUGCUUGUGGGCGACAAGGAAUGCGAUGUGAUGCCCGGGUUUAUGCUCUACAUAACCACAAAGCUACCGAAUCCCGCCUUCAGUCCCGAGGUCAGUGCCAAGACAUCGAUCAUUGAUUUCACGGUCACUAUGCGGGGUCUGGAGGAUCAACUAUUGGGUCGUGUCAUCCUCAUGGAAAAGUCGGAUCUAGAAGCCGAGCGUGUGGCGCUUUUCGAGACCGUCAUGCAGAACCAGCGCAACAUGAAAGAACUGGAGGCCAACCUUCUGCUGCGCCUGAGCUCCUCCCAAGGAUCUCUGGUGGACGAUGAGGCCUUAAUUGAAGUACUUCGGGUGACCAAAACCACAGCCGAGGAAGUUAACCAAAAACUAAAGAUUUCCGAGGUAACUGAGCGUAAAAUAAUGAAGGCACGCGAAGAGUUUCGGGCGGUGGCCAAACGAGGAUCAAUCCUUUACUUUCUUAUUGUUGAAAUGAGCAACGUGAAUGCCAUGUACCAGAACUCUCUCAAGCAAUUUCUAGUCAUCUUUAACCACUCGAUCACAAAGUCGGCCAAGUCCAGUGUCACGGAGGAGCGCAUUAACAUUAUCUUGCGAUAUCUCACCUACGAGGUGUACAAGUUCACCAAUCGCAGUCUCUAUGAACGGCACAAGCAACUGUUUACCUUGAUGCUGGCCAUUAAGAUCGACUAUCACAAUGAGAACAUCAGCCACGAAGAGUUCUUGACCUUCAUCAAGGGCGGUGCCUCACUGGAUUUAAAUGCUGUCACCCCAAAGCCCUUCCGCUGGAUCUUGGACAUUACCUGGCUCAAUCUAGUGGAGAUUAGCAAGUUAGAAACCUUUUCCACUGUUUUGCAGGUGAUUGAAUUGAAUGAGCGGGAUUGGCGCACUUGGUACGAGUGCGAGAAGCCCGAGUACGAGGAAAUCCCUUGUGGCUAUAAUGCACUUUUGGACAGCUUUCGAAAAUUGCUUCUCAUUCGCUCCUGGUGCCCCGAUCGAACCAUAUCUCAGGCCAAGAAGUAUAUAGAAGAAUCUCUGGGGGGCGAGUAUAGUGAGAUGCAAAUUCUAGACUUGGAGGAAAUGUGGCUGGAGUCGGAGCCACGCACACCUUUUGUCUGUCUUCUAUCGAUAGGAUCCGAUCCAACCACACAAAUUGGGGCAUUGGCCAAGCAGAAGACUAUAACCCUGAAAGCUGUGUCGAUGGGGCAGGGACAGGAAUAUCAUGCCCGAAAAAUGAUAAUGGAAUCAAUGUCCAGUGGCGGCUGGGUUCUGCUCCAAAACGUGCAUCUCUCGCUGCCUUUUUGCACUGAGAUUAUCGACAUGCUGGUGGAGACAGAGCAUAUCGACGAGUCCUUCCGAAUGUGGGUCACCACUGAACCGCACAACGAGUUUCCAAUUGGAUUGCUGCAAAUGGCUCUCAAGUUCACAAAUGAACCCCCUCAGGGGAUUCGUGCCAGUCUAAAGCGCAGCUACCAGUCGUUCACACAGGACUUCCUUGAUUACACCUCAGCCUCACAGUGGCCGCCGUUACUGUACACAGUGGCUUUUCUGCACACCAUUGUCCAGGAGCGACGAAAAUUCGGCCCCCUGGGCUGGAAUAUACCAUACGAAUUCAAUCAGGCAGACUUCGCAGCCAGCGUUCAGUUUGUUCAGAAUCACCUAGACGAAAUGGACCCAAAGAAAGGUGUCUCAUGGCAGACGCUGGUCUAUAUGAUUGGAGAAGUGCAAUAUGGUGGACGGGUGACCGAUGAUUUCGAUAAACGCUUGCUCACGACCUUUACCGCAGUUUGGUUCUGCGAGCAACUGCUUACAAACUCCUUUGAGUUCUACAAGGGCUACAAGGUACCAGGCACAAAGAGUCUUCAGGGCUUCAUCGAUUAUAUAAACAGUUUGCCGGCAUACGAUACCCCAGAGGUAUUCGGCUUGCAUUCGAAUGCCGACAUCACGUAUCAGAUAAAUUCAGCAAAAGGCAUCCUGGACACUAUACUGAGCGUUCAGCCGAAGGAGGGUGGCGGCGGUGGAGGCGAAACAAGGGAAAGUAUUGUCUACCAACUGGCAGAUGAUAUGCUACGCAAGCUCCCAGCCCAAUACAAUGCCUACGAAGUGCGUGAGAAUCUCAAUCGAAUGGGAAUCUUGUUACCAAUGAACAUUUUUCUAAGACAAGAAAUCGAUCGAAUGCAAAGGGUUAUUAAGCGCGUACACACUUGCCUUUGCGAUCUUAAACUGGCCAUUGAUGGUACGAUUGUAAUGAGUCCCGCUUUAAAGGAAUCCUUGGAUGCUAUGUACGAUGCCCGCAUACCAGAGACCUGGAUGAAGAUAUCAUGGGAGUCCACAACUCUGGGCUUUUGGUACACAGAGCUACUCGAGCGCAACGGACAAUUUCGGACAUGGAUAUCAACGGAUCGUCCGAAGGUAUUUUGGAUGACUGGCUUCUUUAAUCCACAAGGUUUCCUGACUGCUAUGCGGCAAGAAGUAACGCGAGCACACAAAGGCUGGGCACUGGACUCGGUUGUGCUACAGAAUCAAAUAACACGCUAUAAUCGAGAAGACAUCACAGAGUAUCCAACGGAAGGAGUUUACGUCCAUGGAUUGUUUCUUGAGGGUGCCUCAUUGGAUCGACGAAGUGGAAAGCUGAUGGAGUCCAGAAUGAAAGUCCUGUAUGAACAGAUGCCCGUCAUUUACAUAUACGCCAUAAACACCACAGCUGGAAAAGAUCCCAAAUUGUACGAGUGCCCCAUCUAUCGUAAGCCACAGCGAACGGACUUAAAGUAUGUGGGCUCAAUUGAUUUUGAGACGGAAUUCAAUCCAAAACACUGGACACUGCGUGGCGUGGCCCUGCUCUGCGACAUCAAGUAGACCGUAAACCAAGCCAAGUCAUUUUUUGCCGAUGCCCGUGUCCGUGCCUUUGCUUGCCAGAAGUACGUGAGUGGUACUGCUGAUAAUUAUUUUCUGUUUUUAGGUAAACGUUCAAGUUUCGUGUAAUCUAGUAACUAGUGCAAAUACAACAACAUUAAUUGGACCUUCGGGGCCAACGGUGUGUUCCCACAAUUAUUAGCUUGUAAAACCAUUUGUUAAACACAAGUUGAAUUUUCAAAGCACAAUAUUCUCGAAGAGAGAUAAUAUGCACGUGAACUCUAUGUGGAUGGGGCAAGAUAAUUUGUUCAAUAAAAAAACGUAGAAAAUUAAAUGUCUAAAAAAUGCAUAUGUUUCUACCAUCUUCUGCCUUAUAAACUCACGGUUUAUAUUUUUUAAGCGGGGAGGAACCAUUGCUUCAUA